AUGUCCCUUACAUUGGGGGUCAGUGGGAAGAAUGUCCCUUACAUUGGGGGUCAGUGGGAAGAAUGUCCCUUACAUUGGGGGUCAGUGGGAAGAAUUUCCCUUACAUUGGGGGUCAGUGGGAAGAAUGUCCCUUACAUUGGUGGUCAGUGGGAAGAACGUUCCUUACAUUGGGGGUCAGUGGGAAGAACGUCCCUUACAUUGGUGGUCAGUGGGAAGAAUGUCCCUUACAUUGGUGGUCAGUGGGAAGAAUGUCCCUUACAUUGGGGGUCAGUGGGAAGAAUGUCCCUUACAUUGGGGGUCAGUGGGAAGAAUGUCCCUUACAUUGGGGGUCAGUGGGAAGAAUGUCCCUUACAUUGGUGAUCAGUGGGAAGAAUGUCCCUUACAUUGGUGAUCAGUGGGAAGAAUGUCCCUUACAUUGGGGGUCAGUGGGAAGAAUGUCCCUUACAUUGGGGGUCAGUGGGAAGAAUGUCCCUUACAUUGGGGGUCAGUGGGAAGAAUGUCCCUUACAUUGGUGGUCAGUGGGAAGAAUGUCCCUUACAUUGGGGGUCAGUGGGAAGAAUGUCCCUUACAUUGGGGGUCAGUGGGAAGAAUGCCCCUUACAUUGGGGGUCAGUGGGAAGAAUGUUCCUUACAUUGGGGGUCAGUGCGAAGAAUGUCCCUUAC